AUGGCAUUUCAAGGAGCAACGAUUGUAGCGGCUCCCAAUGAAUUCAAAGUGCCUUUUCCAUCAUAUUUACAGAUUAGCAAAGUUCAGGUAGGCUUGAAAAGUGAUAGAUAUAUGAAUAAAUUCCGUUUGUUCAGUUUCAAAAAGAAUUUGGGUCACGCUUAUUGGCUGCCUCGUCAUGGGAUGGAACUUUGCGGAUUUUCGAUAUCGGAAAAGUUGGAGAAAUCACCGAAAAAAUGCUGUUCCACAAUGGAAAAUCACUUUUAACUUGUACAUUUGCGGUAAAUCUUUUUUUUUGAAUUUUUGAAUAUAAAAUUAGUUUUCAGGGAUACAACAAGAUCGCAUGCGGUGGUGUUGAUCACAAUGUAAAAUUAGUGGAUAUCGAAACUGGAAUGGGGACCCUUAUUGGAUCACAUGCUUUGGCUGUUCGAUGUUCAGAAUAUAAUCCACAAACCAAUAAUGUUGUAACUGGAGGAUGGGAUUCAGCGGUUAAGGUGAGUACUUAGAUUUCACGUCCUUCUCCAAAAAUGUUAAUUUUUUGCAGAUUUGGGAUACUCGAUCCUAUGGAAAUGGCGCUGCUAGUCAAACUAGUGUUUCAUCAAGUGUCUACGCGAUGGAUGUUCACAAUAAUCAAAUCCUAGUCGGAACAAAGCAACGAAAAAUCUAUCUGUUCGAUAUUCGAAAUCUCCAAGAGCCUCUUCAAGUGCGCGAAAGUCCGCUCAAAUAUCAAACUCGUUGUGUUCAAUUUUUCCCAAAUGGCGAAGCAUUUGUUGUUUCUUCAAUUGAAGGUCGAGUUGCUGUUGAAUAUGUUGAUCAAAGUAAUGAUCAAGUUAAACGAAAAUAUGCAUUCAAAUGCCAUCGAGAAAAAGAGGCAGAUGGAACUGAAUUGAUAUAUCCAGUUCAUACAAUUGCAUUUCAUCCAAAACAUGGAACAUUUGCAACAGGCGGUAGUGAUGGAAUUGUUAAUAUUUGGGAUCCAUUCAAUCGAAAAAGAAUUAUCCAAUUGCACAAGUAAGUUGUUGAUUUUUAUUUGGAAAAAAAAUGCAAAUUAAAAUAACACUUUUGCAGAUUCGAAACCACAAUUUCCUCAUUAUCUUUCAACGAAGAUGGAACUCAACUCGCAAUCGCAUCUUCAUAUCAAUUCGAACAUGAAAACGAUCCAAAACCAUUGCCGAGCAAUUCGAUAACAAUUCGACAUAUAACAGAUCCAGAAAGUCGACCAAAAUAA